GUGAGAAUUACUACCAAACUCUACUCAUUGGGCCAGAGACCCGUGUGGUGUUCGAAGAAGACUUGCCCCUCACAUAACAUACUACCUGCACCUGGUGAGGAUCGGCUAGCAGAGCCCUCAAGGUCUGGGCCCUGGUGGGGGCCACCUGUGGCUCUUCCGAAUGUGUGACCACACAGCUGCUAACUGGCCCAGAGCGUGCUCCACUGGGUGACGGGGAUCUGGCGCGGGUAUCGAGAAGGACAGCUAGAGCCCCUAACCCUGGGCCCGCUGCCCACCUGCUCCCCACUGCAGCUGUGCCCAUGCUGCCGCCGCCCUCAGAGCAGGCCCUGAGCCAGCUGCGGGCUCACAAGGAGGGCGAGAGCAGAGCCCUGCAGGCCCAGCGCUGCCAGCCGUGGGACGCCGCGCUGCAGGACGCGCACAGCCAGCUGCACCAGGCGCAGGGGGCGCUGCGGCGCCUGCAGGAGGACUUCGUCUACAACCUGCAGGUGCUGGAGGAGCGGGACCGCGAGCUGGAGCGCUACGACGCGGCCUUCGCCCAGGCCCGAGGGCUGGAGGAGGCGCGGCAGGCGGAGGUGAGCGACCUCAGGGUGGAGGCGGCCCGGUUGAGGCAGGCGCUCGCCCGCGAGGCCCGGUGGCGGGAGGACCUGCAGCGGCAACACCAGCUGAAGCUGCAGGAGCACCGGCUGGAGCUGGAGCGCAUCCACAGUGACAAGAACAGCGAGAUGGACCAGCAGCGGGAACAGUACGAAAACCUGAAAUGGAAGCUGGAGAGAAGGCUCGAGGAGCUCGAUGGCGAACUUGCCCUGCAGAGAAAGGAGCUGCUGCUGGAAUUUGAGUCUGAAAUGCAGAAGAGGGAGCACGGGUUCCGCCUGCAGGCGGACAGCAUGAGCAACGUGGUCUUGACUCAUGAGCUCAAGGUAAAACUGCUGAACAAGGAGCUCGUGGCUCUGAAGGACGCGGCCGCACAGGCCGCGGAGUCGCUGCAGAGCGCCGAGGCCGCCAACGCGGGGCUGGAGGAAAAGCUGCAGCACAGUGGCCGGGAGCUCAGGGACCUGGCCGCCGCCAAGGACGCCCGGAUAAAGGACUUAGAGGGCAAACUAAACUGUGUGCAGCUCUCCAGGAAGAAGGAAGAGGAGGUGUUCAGGAGGAAGCAUGAGGAGCUCGACCAUCUGGCCAGGGAGAGGGACGCGGUGCUGGCGGCUGUGAAGGGCGCCCACGCGGAGCAGCUGCAGGUGCUGGAGGCCAGGGCCCUGGGGCUGCAGGCCCGCUGUGAGGCCCUGGAGCUGCAGCUCCGCAGGGCGGAGUGGAGGCAGGUCGAUGCCCUGAAGGAGAAGGACGCCGCCAUGGACAAUGGCUGAGAAUCAUGCUGGGAACUCUGUCAGCAGACUCUCUUCCUCCUCUGAAAACGUCUGGCGCCAUGCAGCUUCCAGGCAGGUUGGCAGCAGAGCCCAGAGAUGCUAGAGGCUCACUAGCAGCCUUGCUCUCCUCCAGAGGUGGCGAUUCUGUCCCUCUCCCUGUGGUGAUCGGGCUGCAGACGGGCUGAACCCCAGCGGCCUGUUGUGCUGCCCACCCUUCGGCUUCCCUGGGCAGUA